AUGUCGGUUCAAACAGACCCUCUUCAAGGCCCGGUCUUCAUCUCCGUGAAGGUUCUCCCUCCGGGGACGGUUGUCCCGCCAGCGGUUCGUCCUAAGCUGUGCGGGAAAACAAAGGUUUUGGAAGAGGCCCGAAUUGUUGUUCAGGGCGAGGACGGCGGCGACAGAGCUCUCCAAAACCAAGUGGCGACAAUAGAGCGCCAACUCGGGAGUGUUCAGGAGUUGCUCCACCAACUCCUGAAUGUGGUGGCGGACUUCGGUGAGAUCGAGGGCCCCAACGGUGCGGCAAAGGCGGAUCGGCUGGCAGAUGCCUUGGCCUCUGUUUUACAGGGGAAGGCCGUAGUGACUCGCCCAGUCCGGAAGGGCGAGCUGCGGAUCACCGGCCUGGACGAGUCCGUAUCCGCGGCGGACUUGGUGGCACUCUUGUGCUCGGUGGAGUUCAGUGGUUGCCGAGAGUCCGAAGUCACAGUAGGCCCUGUGACAGAGGGUAGGGAUCGUCUGGGUGCCGUCUGGGUGCCGUCUGGGUGA